UCAAGUUUAAAAACUGUUUUCACUUUUUAAAAACUAAAAAUAGUUUUUUAAAACUAAUUGAUAGUGUUUGGCUAAAAUUUUUAAAAAUCAUUUUUAAAAACUGGAUUAAAAAAAAAACAAAAAGCUGAAAACAUCAAAAUGAUGUUCUCUGAAUUUUUAAAAACUCAACAAAAAUUCUCAAACGAAAAAGAGAGAACGAGUUCUCUGAAUGUGUUCUCUCUAUCCUAUAGUGUAAUCAGGUUUUGAAUUGCAAUGGGCUUACUCCAGAUUUGAGUUCUAAAGAGAAGACAAGUUGACAAAUAAGAUUUGAAAUGAGUAUGACAACUGAGAAUAUAGAUGAUGAUACAUGCUUGUGGGGACCAACUAUAGAGAAAAUUUUUAUUGAUAUCAUGGUUGAUGAAGUGAAUAAGGGAAAUAUGACAAGUGGUCAGUUUAGCUCAAAGACAUGGGCAAGAAUUCUUGAGGAUUUGCAAAGUAAAAGUAAGCGAAAGUAUGUAAUGAAACAAGUUAAGCAAAAGUUUCAUAGGUUACGCACCAGGUAUCGUGAGUUUUCUGAAUUGUCGAAACAAACUGGAUUUGGUUGGAGUCGUGAAAAAGAUACUGUGACUGCUCCUGAAGAAGUAUGGCAGAAUUAUAUAAGGGCACAUCCAAGGGCAGCACAAUAUCAAAAGAAAGGAUGUGAUCAUUUUAGAUUGUUGGAACUAAUUUUUAGUAAAUCAACUGCGACUGGUUUACACCAUCGUUCUGCUGCUUCAGGUCCACCCAAUACUGAUGAUGAAAGGGAGAUGGAAAAUGAUUUAGAUCAUGUAGACAUACAACAUAUUGAUGAUAAUGAUAGUGCUAGUUGUAUAGGCUCUCGUCUUGUUGAUGAUAUCAAUGGGAAGAAAAAGAACUUGAGAGUGAAGACAACAUAGAAGGAUGGGAAACCAGUGUGUCAAGAUAUGAAGUUAAUUUGUCUGAUGAAUCUGCUGCGGCAAUGGCACGUGUUCGAGAUCGUAUUGCUCAAACUAUGUGGACGGCUUAUAAUAAUAGAAAUUAGUCAAUUAUAUUUUAAUGUUUGAUGAUACAUUCAGGAUUAAAUUUAUUUUUAUAAGGAUAUAUUGUA